AUGCGUGAAUUACAUGACAUCGAAUUGUUGUACCCCCACGAGGCUUAUCGAACGAGCGAGAGAAGAGCUUUGCUUACCUGCAGCAUUCCUAGUUCCAAACGUGAAGAUGAAGUGUGCGCAAGCCUGCUGCGAACGCGAGAGAGCAAUCGACGCGAUGGUGGCCGAUAUCGUGAAGUUCGACGUGGUGGUGUUGUAGAAGAUGUCUUCUGGUCUGGCACGACGGACCGCACGACUAAACCUGGAUCCACUGCACGAGCCAAGGGUCCAGAAACCAGCAAGAAAAGUUGCCGCUUAGCAGCAACUCAAGCUCUCCCGAAGCGCAAGAUGACGACGAAGAACCCCCCCGUUCGAUCCGCACACACGAAUAGGAGGACGAGGAAGUGUACAAGAUGUCAGUAG